UGGACAAGAGAGCAAGAUGAUUCUUAAAGAAAAUGUCUCUGAAUAUCAGCCAAAAUUGAUAAAGAAAACAAUGCUCACUUUGUGCUGGAUAUUAACAGUAUUUGUCAGUGGGGUAGAAGUUAGAGAGAUUAAUUUGCCAGGAUGUUCCCAUGUUGAACCUCAAAUAUGGUAUCGUGCAAUUAAUGGUGAGGAGUUUGUUCUGCAAUGUGCUUUACCAGAUAAAGAUGCUACCAACAUUUAUAACAGCUCACUUCUAAAUCAACAUAAGGUGAAAUGGUUCUGGCAUCAGAAAGAUAAAGAGACACUGAAGGACAUCAAGGAAAGCUCAAACCUGACUUUCCAAGGGGAUGCACUUUGGUUUAAACCAAUAAGGGACAGUGCUUCUGGAGUGUACAUCUGUAGGAUAUGGGGAAAAAUCCCAUGUCUCAAAAUGGUUUUGGAUGUUCAAACAAAGACAGCAGCAAAAUGUUCAGGUUAUGACACAAAUAUUCUAUAUCUGCUUGCUGGCAAUGGGAAUUCAAUAACCUGUCCUGGGACAAAAUGUUACAGCCACAUCAAAAAGCAGGAUGUGAAAUGGUACAAGGAUGGUCAUCAGAUAAAAUACAGGAAAAGCAGACCGAGCCUAAAACUUAAGCAGAAUGAAAUCUACUUGAAUCCAACCUAUGACAAAGAUGCUGGGACAUAUGUGUGUGAUUAUACUCUGUCCGAAAACAUUAUCAAGUGGACAGUGAGAACAGCAGUAACAGUAGAAGUCACUGCAAAAAACACUAUUCAUCCACCAAACCUUUUGUAUCCCAAUGGUGUUGUGAUCCUCGAAGUAGAAGUUGGCAAACCACUUGAAUUGGAAUGUCGUGUACAGUUUGGGUUUGAAAGGGUUUCUCCAAUGAGGGUAACGUGGAUAAGAAACAUCGAAGAGAAUGUAAAUGAGAAAUUGAAUCAGGAAACAACUGUCUAUCCAAAAGGUUUGAAAGGACACACACUUCUUCAUGUUGCAACUUUGAAAGAAGUUACUGAAAAGGACCUCAGAAGCAGCUUCACAUGCUUUGCUGAGAAUUCAGUAGGGAAUGCCACUGCUGUGAUCCGGUUGAAAAGAAAGAAGAGAGUGUUGUUCUUAUAUGUACUAUGCAGUGUCAUUUCUACUCUAUUUGCAUUUGUUUUGUGCACUGUCUUUAUUUACCAGCACUGGAUUGAAAUAGUGCUGAUGUAUCGAAGUUAUCUGGUCCACAACAAAAGUACAGAAGAUGGCAAAGAAUUUGAUGCAUUUGUAUCAUAUGCAAAACUAAACUCUUCUGAAAGUGACUCUGCUUUAAUUAGUGAGGAAAAAUUUGCCCUGGAGCUUCUUCCAGAUAUGCUAGAAAACAAAUAUGGAUACAAGUUAUGUAUUCUUGAAAGAGAUAUUCUUCCAGGAGGAGCAUACACAGAUGAAGUUGUCACUGCUAUUAAACAAAGCAGACGGGUAAUAAUUAUUUUGAGCCCAGCCUAUGUCAGUGGACCAAGCAUCUUUGAACUGCAGGCAGCGGUGAACUGUGCAUUGGAAGAUAAAGGGAUCAAACUGGUAUUAAUAAAAUUCCAGGAUUUCAAAGAGCCAGAGGCUUUGCCUCCAGUAGUGAAGAAAGCACUUCGGAUUUUACCAGUCAUUACCUGGAAGUCUUCCAUUUCUGCUGCUCCACGCAAGAAGUUCUGGAAAUACAUGCGUUACCACAUGCCAGUGAAAACUACUAAGAGGAUGGAAAAUUUCAGCCUCAAGGGCUUCUCCCAAAGGUUAUUCAGACUGGUAUAGAUAUUUCACAGGGAGAGGACAUC